AUGGUGGGAUAUGAUAGAGAUGAAUAUGAAGAUUUGGAUGAGUAUGAGGAUGGUGAGGAGUACGAGGAAGAGGGCUACGAAGAGGAGGAAACCCACCAGCCCACACAGGAGGCAUUGGAAUAUCUUGAACUGAGGCAACGGUUAAAAGAGACAUAUAGAAAGAAGAUGAAGAAGCAAUUAGGGACAGCUAAUCCCAGUCCCCGUGACAAAACUAAUGCAGUGUGCAAGGACAACUUUGGUUCGUUCUUUGGGCCUUCGCAGCCAGUUAUUGCUUCGAGAGUGAUUCAAGAAAGCAAGUCCUUGUUGGAGAACCCAAAUUUGGCAGCAAGGAUUUCUAAAUCCAACCAUUCCAUGCAGGCCAAUAAGAGCUCUGCUUCAGCCACCGCGGGGUUAAAACCUCAAUCUGACCAUCUGCCAAGAGCUACCAAUGGGGUAAAAACAAAAGUUGAAAUGCUUAAAAAUACAAGGGACUAUUCUUUUUUGUUAUCUGAUGAUGCUGAGGUUCCGGCUCCCACCAAAAAUCCUCCACCAAGAAAUGUAUCUGCCCCGAAUUCAGAGGAGCGAUCAGCUCAAGCACCACCUAGGAGCAAACAGCCAGCGAAAGAUAGUGGCAGAAAAGCCUUCACUGGUCAUCCAGAGAGGAAACCGAUGUCUGCAAGUGUCCAACUGAGACCUAAAGUUGGAUCUGAGAAAUUGGCUCCAUCCAGUAAGUUGUCGAUGGGAUCCAAGCAAAAGCUUGGUAUCAAUAAUGGAAGUGGGCCUGGUCGGCCAGUGCGGGUGAAUGAUAUACCAUCUAGGAAUCCAGCAGCCACCACGGGGAAGAAGGUUACAGCACCACUUGCAAAGAGUUCAAUGCCUUGUGAGCGUAAACCAACCCCUUCACACUUGCAACCUAAGGUGCAUAAGCCACCGCCUUCACAUUUGCAAUCUUUUGUUCAAAAGAAACCAUUGAUACAAAGGAAGGAGUCUCAAGAAACUAUCAAGGCAAAGGUCAUACCGAAACAGCCUUUGUCAUCCUCUAGACCUCAGAUGAAGCCACUACCACCCAAAUCGUCAGCUCGUGGUACUUUGGCUGAUGAACGCCCAAAGAGAAAACCUAUGAAUGAUGAUGUGGAAGCUAUAAGUAUGAUCAGAGAAAUGUUCAGGUAUAAUCCUAACAAGUAUCGAGACGACGAUGAUGACAGUGACAUGGAGGCCAAUUUUAAUGAUAUCUUGGCGGAGGAGAGACGCAGUGCAAAAAUUGCGAUUGAAGAGGACAGAGAACAACUACGCUUGAUUGAAGAAGAAGAAAGGAGAGAGCGGAUGCGAUUGGCAAAGAGGCAAAAGCGAUGA